AUGACCACAGCUAAAAGUGCAUCUUACGACUAUCUCAUCAAGUUGCUGCUUAUUGGAGAUUCAGGUGUUGGCAAGAGUUGUCUUCUUCUUCGCUUUUCUGAUGACUCUUUCACACCUUCUUUCAUCACAACAAUUGGCAUUGACUUCAAAAUUCGUACCAUUGAGCUCGAUGGAAAAAGAAUCAAACUUCAAAUCUGGGACACAGCCGGUCAAGAACGUUUCCGUACAAUCACAACGGCCUACUAUCGUGGUGCGAUGGGUAUAUUGCUUGUAUAUGAUGUGACAGACGAACGGUCCUUUGCAAACGUUCGAAAUUGGUUUUCCAAUAUUGAACAACAUGCAAGUGAAGGUGUCAAUAAAAUUCUAAUUGGCAACAAAUGCGAUAUGGUAGAGAAAAGGGUUAUUGCAGAGGAACAGGGACAAGAACUGGCUACUGAAUUAGGGAUUAGGUUCAUGGAAACCAGCGCAAAGGCUAAUAUUGGUGUAGAAGAGGCCUUUUUUGAUUUGGCAAGGGACAUUAAAAAGCGGUUGAUCGAUACACAGCAGGCACAGCAGACGCGUCAGAGAGAGGAGGUUAGACUUGAUGCUGCCCCUUCCAAGAGCAGCUCUGGAACUUGCUGCCAGUAAGCAUAUACAUUAUAUAUAUAUGCAUUUUUCCUUCUUUUUUUUUUUAAGAAAAAGAAAAAGAAAACAUACACACACACACAAUAAACUCCAACAGCCCAAAAAUCAAACAAG